GCGGUUUCCGCGCUUGUUUGGAGAAACGUAUAGGCACGCGUUUCCAAAAGUCAGCGUCUCGACUCCGUUCUGUGACGCGCCCGUUGUAAUUGGAAAGGCCUCGCGAGCAGCAAUUAAUCCAGCAGAGCGGGGAGACCGAGCCCAUCGACCGCGCCCACGCAGCCACGUCGCGGUGGCGCGGUUACGGAACAGCGGGCUCGGACCGCGGCCAAGACUAAGCGAGCCGUGACCAGCGCCGUCGACGUCACGGUCAGCGCGCCGCUUGGCCGCACUCCGCCGAUCUCCGCCGCCAUUGGUAGGCGACCGAGCGACUGCAGGCGCCGCGGGAACCAGAGGCGGAGGGGCUCGCUCUUCACCGAGCUGCGUCUUCAACGCGGCAGCAGUGCAGGGCAUGGCGGGAUACCAGCUGCUGCUUAAGUGUUUGCUCCUGGGAGCUGCCACGUGUCCCUCGGGCGCUCUGAUUGGGCCGGGAGAGGAGAAGACGACGGCCAUAUUCCUCACCAGCAGCGGAGGCGCAUCCGUAGUCGCCAGUUCCAGCAAGAAGCCCGCCACGACAGCGGGCCGCGUCACUACGAGGAGCCCGCGUCCAGCCGGAAGCCCGCGUCCAGCUGGCGGCAACAGCGGCUUCGCGAGCUGCAAGUCGCGUCGGGGCGCCGUGCCGGACAUGGAGCCGCUCGAGGUGCUCUCCAGCCUGAGCAGUCCCGUGCAGUGCCUGGCGGCGUGCCUGCUGAAGUCGCCGCGCUGCAAGGCGUUCGCCUUCGGCAACCGCAGCUGCGACCUCUUGCAGCGCUCGCCGUGCGACUCGCGGAGGCCCAUGCGCGACGCGCCGGGAUUCGCACACUACGACGUGCUCACGCGGGACCAACUCCUGCUCACCAAGGGGGACUCGAAAGACUGCCCGCCCGUCGCUACCGGCAGCGACGCGAGCCCAGCACAACCCACCGGCCGACCACUUGUUACUCCCGCUGAGGACAGGAGACGAAAAAUCAGAAGCUCUACGUUGCAUGAUGUGACGUCAGAGCUUGGAGGCUGGGCCACGCCCCUUGCGGUGGACGAUGCAGUUGGGAUCCAGGCUUUGAAUGACGUGACGUCAGAGCCCCAAGACAGAGCAGCGUUCGUGUUCCGUGCCGGCCCCACGACGUUCAUGGCGGCGCAGCGUGCCUGCUCGGCCGAAGGCCUGGCCAUGGCCAUGCCCGUCAGCGCCCAGGACCACGACGCCCUGGUGGAGCUGAUGCGCCGAAACAGGGCGCCCAGGCUGUGGAUCGGCGUGCAGAGGAGCGCGAAAGGCAACACCACAUUCAUGAACGGCGAACAAGUCCCGGAGUCCAGCCGACGAUGGGGAAAAGGCCAGCCAAACAACAGCGGAGGGACGCAGAUUUGCGUGGAGAUGAUCGAGUCGCUGGCGCACCUGUGGAACGACUACGACUGCGAGAACAGGGCCGCCUACGCGUGCCAGCAGUCGACCGGCGCGCCGCAGUCCUCCAGUGGCCCGACAUGAGCGGCCUAGUUCCGCACUCUAUGCAGCACUCCUUCAGCGACCCCAUCCCCUAUAAAGUGCAUAUUUGGCAAC